UGUUCCAGCUGUCAUGUCCAGAAAAGCCAGUAAACGGACCAGCUGGGAGCUUGACUGGUUAUAAUGGUCAUAAUGUUGGUAAAAAUGGGGCGGAAGCUCCUGAUGGACUGGAGAGGCUCCCUACGUUUACCCCCAGAGGUGGUAGAUGUGGAGAGGCUCCCUACGUUUACCCCCAGAGGUGGUAGAUGUGGAGAGGCUCCCUACAUUUACCCCUAGAGGUGGUAGUUUACCCACUGAUGGUAAAUUUGUAGAGUAUAUUGAUCCUCCUCCAGAUCACCGGACCCUCCAGACUCUCUGACCUCUGAACCCUCUGACCUCUCUGGAGGAAUCCUCUCCUUCCUCAGUCUCUUGAUGGGGAAGCUUACUGCCAAUACCUGCGAACCAUCAACUACAUUUCACACGUUCUUCUCCAAAAAGGUUUUGUCCUGGAUUAUUUGUCCGUCUCGUGUGUCUCUGUCCUCAGAGACGCAGGUGGAGGUGGAGCGGAUGCUGCGGCUGGCGGAGCAGUGUCUGGACCGAGCCAAGUCCUUCAUAGGGAAGCGCUCUGUCCAUCCUGUCCCCCCUGUCCUCCAAAACGCCUCCUGUUCUUCAGCUGACCAAUCAGAGGCUGAGGCCGGUCCUAAGGCUGGAGACAGAGCCUCUGCUGCUGAGGGACAGGUUGACGCUUCGUCCCGGUUUGGUCUGUCAGAUGAUGGUGGACAGCCGUCCUCUUUCCCUCCUCCUGAUGUCUUCCAGAGACAACAGACUGCAGCUUCACACGACUCCAGCAGGAAGACGCUGACCCCGGUGGAGGAAGCGUCCCGGCAGAACCAGAAGCUUCAGGCGUCCUAUGAGGCUCGUGUGGCCCGGCUGGCUCCGGGUCAGGCGUCCCAGAAAACCUCCUUGACGCUUUCUCUGCAGCGGCAGAUGAUGGAGAAUCUGAUCAUCGCCAGAGCCAGACAGGACGCCCUGCAGAGGAAGGUGGAGGAGAGGAGGCAGAGGCUGCAGGACGAAGCUAACAGGAGGUUUGCUGCCUCUGGAGCACUGACUGCAGAGGAGCAGGAGCAGCGGCUCCUCUACUCCCGGGUUCUGGAGUACGAACUGGACCACGACUGGCCCAAACAGUGGAGAACCAACAUCAAGAAGAACCCGGACUCCUCGCUGGUUCUGGAUCUGCUCUCCUACCUGCUCAGGUCUGAUCAUCCACUAGUGGAGCUACUGAGGAAACAUCAGUUCAGGAUCUACAACCAGCUCUACCCCAUCGUCACCCAGAGCCUUCCUCAGAGUCUUCCUCAGAGCCCCGCCCUGCUGCUCAGGUCUUCUCGCAGCGUCCACGCCCGGCUCUCUCCAGAGCGACAACCGACCGGAACCGGCAGCUCUCUGGACGGCGAGGAUCCUGUGCAGCGGGACGACUCCUUCGAGGACCUGGAGCACUUCCUGUCCCAGCUGGACUGUGGCGACCUGCGGGCGGAGCUGACCUUUGACCCCUCCAUUGAGCUGGAGCAGCUGGAGCUCAGAGCUCUAAAAGAACACCUGAAGGCCAUCGUCAGAGACGUCCACGGAGCCGUCGAUCAGCUGCUGUCGCUCUGCCUGCUCUCCUUCGACUGCCUGAACACGGCGACCUUUAAGGAUCUGAGUCUGGGCUGCAUCGAGGAGGCCUUCUUCACGCCGCUGUGGAGCCCCCUGCUGGCUCUCUUCAGGCGAGUCCUCCGGGAGCGAGAGCUUCUCUUCCAGAGGAACAUGGCGCUGUACUGCAGCGCCUCGCCAGCAGAGGUCGGUGUUCCCCUCAAACUGUUCCCCCAGGACCCCGGCGCGCUCCAAGGUUCCUACCCCUACCAGGUGGCGGUGCAGGAGCUGAAGCUGCUGGUGCGGGACCGCUGCCCUCAGAGGAAGCUGGACUGCGUAGUGCGGACGCUGCGGCUGAUCUGCGGCUGUGCCGAGGAUUACCGGAACCAGCAGGGGGGCGGAGCCUCCCGGGCCGCCGCCAUCGGCGCCGAUGACCUGCUGCCCAUCCUGUCCUUCGUGGCGCUGCGCUGCCAGUGUCCCCAGCUGCUGUCGGAGUGCGCCGCCCUGGAGGAGUUCAUCCAUGAGAGCUUCCUGAUUGGUGAGGAGGGUUACUGUCUCACCUCCCUGCAGAGCGCUCUGGCCUACGUUGAGUCUCUUCCAGCAAGAGCUGACCUUGCUGACCCCGAGUAACGCCCCCGACCUGCGGAGCCGCCACAGGUACCAGCUGGCCUCUGAUUGGCCAGACGGAGAUGAGGUCAUGACCUUUGCUCUGGAGGCUCCUGGAUAUCAGGAAGAACUUACUGCUGGCUGUUCUGAGCAUGCUCAGUAGGGGCUGAGAAACGGGAAGCACUGCAGCCGGACUGGACCGGACCGGACCGGACUGGGGGAGGGGCUGCUUCGGCGUUUCUUCUACUUUUCCAGGUUGUUCCUCAUCUUCCUCACUCUUCAUCGUUUUCUGACGCUGCAGCUUUUGGCUCCGCCUCCCAGACAAUCGGAAGACUCCAGGUGUCAACUGGUUUUUCUUCCCCCUGCAGGACAUUUCAAUAAUUCCUCUGCAAACAUGAUCACCUGGUUGGUGGGCGGAGCCUGAGCUGGAGAGAAACAUUCAGGAAAUAAAGCAGCAGCAGAUCUGAGGCCUGUAAUCCAGACUUUACUGGAUUAUUCAGUCAAAACAUGGGAGUUAAACGCUGCUGCAGAUUACUGUUUGAAACUACAGGAAGUCUGAUAAUCCUGCUGAUGAUCUAUCCGGGUCACCAUGUUGGUGAACGGCAUCGUGGGUAAUCUGCUUGCAGUGGAUGUGAUGACAGAGCAGAUUCUGGGUGACCUUCAGGAUGACCUCUGAGGCCUACGUCGGUCCGGAGGAGCUGAAGGGAAUCUUGGUUUUGUUUUUUAUUUUUUCCCAGAAUUUAGUUUCUUCUCCUCUAGUUUUUAUUCAAUUCACCAGGACCUGUCCAGAGGUCGGAGGUCAUUAAAUCAAUCAGGUAACUUUGUAUUUUAUUGUUUAGUUUUAAAUCAGACCAGUUUAUACAUCCCAAAGAUUCAUUUAGUUCAUUUUUUAUUCUCAAUUGUUUAAGAAGCAAAAAUCUAAAAAUAAUUUCUGGUCCAAAGAGCAGAAACCGGUUUUAGUUUCUGGUUCCGAGAUACAGAACGGACCCAGAGUGAAGAACCGGUACCAGUAAACUGGUGCAACUGGGAGAACCUGCUGGAAUAUUUCUGCAUCGUUUUUAUUUAAGAUGUUUUCAAAAGACAGAAAAUCCUGUUUCCAGUUGUAACAUUCAAAACGUUCAGAUGUUAAAGAUCCUGUGAUUUUACUCUAAACUGUACUGGGAAUGUUUCUGAAAUAAUGCAUCUUUGUGAGAAGAGUUAACAAGAUAAAUUGUUUAACUAUUAAACAGCUUGUUUAUUUAUCUCUCUCUGGGUGAUUUCCAGUUUAAACCGUCUCGUCCAGCCAGACGUCUAAUUUUCUUACUUUGGGAGGAAGAAAUCCUUCAGCUGUUAAUUUUUCAGCGAGUAGGAGUCCAGCUGUUCAUAGCGGAGGGCAGUUAUUAAUAAAACUUGUAAUUUAGGUCAAAAUGACUGGGCUCCACCUUUUCAAAAAUUAUCAUGGAAAAAUAUGUAAUAAAAUUUAUAUUUCUAUUUUCA